UAGCGGGAGGGAGCUCGUGUUUGGGCUUCCUCCCAUCCCUCAGCGCCCGCUAGAGAAGUCUGGUAAUCCUUCCUGCUUCGUGGCGCAGAGGGAGGGAGCGAAAAAGGAGGAAGAGGAUAAAAGGCGGCGAUUGCCGGAGAAAAGCCAGCGAACCUCCACACAGUUCUGAACGAGCAGAGCGUCUUUUUUCUUUUUGGAGUCUCGUAUUGGCAUUAGCGGCACGGUAAAGAGAUAGAGGAGAUGGGAAUGAGGCGUUUCCUGAGGUUCGGCGUCCAGCGCGCGUUCUCCUCCUCCUACCCGUCCUCGAGCCCGAGCUUGUCCAUAUGGAGGGGGAAGAGGAAGGAGAUGGGAAAAGAAGGGCUGAUGGUUGUCCAGGAAAUGAAGCGUCUGCAGAACUCCCCUCCCGAGCGCCUUCAGUCCUUCAUCAAAUCCCGCGUCUCUCGCCUCCUCAAAUCCGACCUCCUGGCUGUGCUAGCCGAGUUCCAAAGACAAGACAACGUCUCCCUCUGCCUCAUGGUUUAUGAAUUGGUACGCAAGGAGAUAUGGUACAAGCCAGACAUGUUCUUUUACAGAGACAUGCUUAUGAUGUUGGCGCAAAAUAAGCAGGCUGAAAAGCUAAUGCAAGUUUGGGAAGAUUCCAAGAGGGAGAAGGUCCAUUUUGAUCAGCAUACCUAUGGUGACAUAAUAAGGUGCUUGUUGGACAACAAUCUACCUUCUCAAGCAAUGGUAUUUUACAGUGAGAUGAAAGAAUCCCCUGAACCACCCUUGUCGUUGCCUUACCGUGUAAUCCUGAAAGGCCUUGUACCGUAUCCUGAAUUAAGGGAAAAAGUAAAAGAAGAUUUCUUGGAGCUUUUCCCUGGUAUGUUUAUAUAUGAUCCGCCAGAUGGUUUAACUGACAAUUAAUGGAUUUUUCUCUUUUGGGGUGAUCGCUGA